ACUGAUGACUCGGCCAUGGCAGUGAGGCACGAGCAGUGGAUGAGCCAGUACGGCCGCGUCUACAAGGACGAUGCCGAGAAGGCACAGCGUUUCGAGGUGUUCAAGGCCAACGUCAAAUUCAUCGAGUCGUUCAAUGCCGCUGGGAAUCGCAAGUUCUGGCUAGGCAUCAACCAGUUUGCCGACCUCACCAAUGCUGAGUUCAGGGCGACCAAGACUAACAAGGGCUUCAAACCUAGCCCAGUGAAGGUUCCUACCGGAUUUAGGUACGAGAAUGUUAGCAUUGAUGCGCUUCCGGCUAGCAUCGACUGGAGGACCAAAGGUGCCGUUACACCCGUCAAGGAUCAAGGCCAAUGUGGCUGUUGCUGGGCAUUCUCAGCUGUGGCUGCAACGGAGGGCAUCGUCAAGAUCAGCACCGGCAAGCUCAUCUCGCUCUCGGAGCAGGAGUUGGUCGACUGCGACGUCCAUGGCGAGGACCAGGGCUGCGAGGGUGGUUUGAUGGACGAUGCCUUCAAGUUCAUCAUCAAGAACGGCGGCCUAACCACCGAGUCCAGCUACCCGUACACAGCCGCUGACGGCACGUGCAAGAGCGGAUCAAACAGUGCCGCAACCAUCAAAGGCUACGAGGAUGUACCGGCCAACAAUGAGGCUGCCCUCAUGAAGGCCGUAGCCAACCAGCCUGUUUCGGUGGCUGUGGAUGGAGGAGACAUGACAUUCCAGUUCUACUCCGGUGGUGUCAUGACCGGCUCUUGCGGCACUGACUUGGAUCAUGGGAUUGCAGCAAUCGGUUAUGGAAAGACAAGUGAUGGCACCAAAUAUUGGCUGAUGAAGAACUCUUGGGGCGCUACAUGGGGCGAGAACGGUUACCUGAGAAUGGAGAAGGAUAUUUCGGACAAGAGGGGCAUGUGUGGCCUCGCCAUGGAGCCCUCCUACCCCACCGAGUAGGAUUAUCUUCUAUCAUUAGACUCGUACAACAUAUCCACACAUCGAUCGAAUAAACAUGGAUGCUACUUUGUCUUGUCAAUUGUCAUGUAUAGUCCAUUCUUAUUGUCUAUAAUUUGUUGUACAAGGUCAUGUUGUUAA